AUGCAAGUGAAGCUGAUUUCCGGAGACGAGAUCACAUGCAAAGCCUGCCUGGCGCUGCUCAAGACUCACAACUUCGAUCCAGAAGUUCUCAAGUGUGCAAUCAAUGCUGCGAAGACUGGUGAGACACUGCCUGUACUCCAAGAUCCACAGAACCAGCCCGAAGAGCAAGAGCAGGUAGAGAAACUGGAGAUCGAAUCGGACAAGGGAAAGAAGCAGAAGAAGAAUGGCAAGAAUCAAGCCGAGCAGGAGCCGCUGCAAGACGGAAACAAUGCUUGCCUGGAGUUUGUCCAGCAGUAUGCACCAUGGAUUGAGCUAUUGGCUCCUGGAUCCUUCGGGAAGAAGAUUCCAUAUCGCUGCAAAGCAUGCCCCACCAAAUGUCAGCCGCUUGGCAAAGUGGGCGACCUGACCCAGUGGAAAGUGUGGGCUGUCAAGCAUUUUCUGACUCAGCACACAAACACUCCAACGCAUAUCAACAACGUCAACAGGCUCGAGGGAACAGAGAAGAGUGUGGAGAAGGUGGAUUGCGAAGCUCUAUGCAUUGAAGACGAGGAUACUGCAGGGAAAUUGUUUCUCUACAGGCAUGAGUUCCAACUGUGGGCAUCCAUUGCGAAUUUCCAAGACAACGCCAAGCACAAAUAUUGGCAAGAUGGAAACCAGAACGCAUGGUACAUUCGAUCUUCUGAAUGCGAAGAGACAACCGCAGCAUCCAAGGCAGCGGGUCGCAACGUUUGUGCUUCAUGCCUUCAGCUUGGAGAAGCUCACAGUGUGGUUCGAGCGCCUGUCCGGUUUGCUCGGAAGUUUUGGGCAGCACAGCUUCUCAAUGCCCGCAUGUACCAGGGUGAAGGGGCUGUGAAGGACAUCCUGCAUGAGAUCAAGAAGAGUGCGCUGGUCAGGCACAACGACGCGAAGAUGCAGGAGAUUAUCAAGCUCGAGACGCCAAUGCUGCAGCAGUGGGUACGGCAGAGCUGCAUGUCGGACUCAUCAGCGACUGACAGGUACAAGCUCUUCGUCGCAACCAUUGUGAAACCCUCUCUUGGGGUUUGUGUCAGUUCAAUCCCCAAGAACCUCGAAGAUAUCGUGGGACGCUUUACAGCGAUCAUGAAGGGGGGCAUGGCCAGCGAAGAAGAUUUAGUCCGCCUCAGGAUAGCAUGCUCUGCUAUCAAGGGUGAACUUACAUCACACCCUCUCGUUUGUGGUCUAGCUUUGCAAUGCCCAAGAAUGAUCAACAAGCAAGAUCGCAACAUUUGGACAAUGUGCGGGAGGCGCAACAAGUGCACAGAACGUGAGUCGUCCUUGAUAUCGGACGCCGGCCAGCAGCUGGCGAUGGCUUGCUGCAACACCAACUUAGCCAGGGAGUUCGGCUUGAGCUCUGCCGCGCUCAAGAUCUCUCUCGAGGAGCUGAGAUCCCACAGUCUCCCCACGCCAUCUCUGGCGAUUCGGUGGCCUGGAGUGAUGCUGGAAAACUUUGAACUACUCGAUCAACGCUUUGUCCGACCACAUGGAGCACCAAAACGUCGUUUGGUGGCUGCAUUCGAUUGCACCUAUCUUACGCGGACUCUGGCUCAGCUCUGCUUGAACAACGAAUCAGGUAUGGUUGGUGGAGUCUGGGGCCCACCGGAUGUUGACCAGAGCUUCCUUUGCCUGGAUAAGGGAGAUGUGGACAUCAGCAAAGUGGUGAAAGCACCUACCAUGUUGGAGAUGGUGGCAUGGGAUCCAGCCGGUGUUCGCAAGAUCCCCCUAUCCAUCUGCAGCAUCCCGAUUGAGUCAAAUUUUUCUGGCCCUGGGUCCACAGUCCGUGGAUGUUGGUUUAUGAUGGAACUCUUGGGCUCUAUCAUGGCAGAAGGGAGCACUUGCAUCAAAGCACUCAUUUUUGAUGCCCAUGGAAGCCAUUCUGUCAUCCGACGAGUCCUUCAUGGGCAACUUUCUGGUGUCAGCGACUAUGAUCUAUCCAAGAUGGAAUUCUGGAAGGACUUGACUUUUCAACCUGUGCCACAGAGUUGCUUGCCCAGGUUUCCUGCUCAGCUCUGCCUGCACCGAGAUGAGUUCAUCUAUGGCAUCCCUGGAGUGUGCCAUGCUGUGAAGAACAGCGGAGGGCAGCUGUGCAGUUUCAUCAGAACUUGCUACUAUGGCGAUUAUUGGGCAGACAUGACGAUGUGCAGACAAUUUGGUCUUCCUCCGGGAGUUCUUGGCCGCGAGUCACCGCAAAGUGACAAAGCCCAAGCAGUUCUCAUGAAUCCAUUCUAUUUGGUGGAAUCAGUUGACUGCCCUCUGAGAGACAUGAAGACUCCAUGGGCACUUCGUGGUGCACUUCUCCACAAUCUUUGUGUUGCCAUGUGCAGCAGCGCAUUGAUGCAUCGCAAUCUGUCUCUGAUGGAUAGGUGCGAAGUCGGCUUGGCAGGAUUUCUGUCCCUGGAUUUGUUCCGGAUGGUGUCAGAGACGCGCUGCAACAAGCACAACAUGCCUCGUGGAAGCAUGUUUAUGGCCCCCCAAACGGUUUAUAACCUACAGGGGUGCGCACUAUCGGCAGUGCUGAUCACCAUAUCGAAGGACGAGCAGUGGCAUCCAUUUCAGGUUGGCACACUCCGGCUCUCGGAGCUCGCAAUAGAGGAGUGGUUUGGACUGCAACGAAAACAGUCUCCAAAUUCACAACUUUCGGCACGUGGAUUUUGGAAGGCUAUGGCUCGAACACAGAUGAAGCACGGCAGGCUUCUGAACAAAGAGAAGGUCAUGGAUCGCAAGCCGCAGCCUUGUCUGACAGAACAGGAGUUUCAGUCUUGCUGUGCUCGAGCUCUGGAAGGGGCAUUGAAAUUGGUGGCUCUCACGACCGAGAUCUUGGAGAAGUCAUUGGAAAACGCUUACAGGAAGCAUUGCAGUGAUACUACAUCGGACCUGUUCAUGGAAGGUGACUUUGCUGAAGUAGACAUGGACGAAUUCAUGGAGCAAGGUUCUGGCGUGGACUUGGAUGAAGGUUCCAACGACCCAGCCUUUGACAUCAUUGAAACUGUGCAGAGAGAGACCAUCUUUGUCGAUCCAGAGGAAGAUGAUUCAGUCCUUGAUCGUGCAGGGGUGGUAGAUCCUGAGCUGGAGAGGAUGGCAGACAAGGAGGACAUGAUGCAUCUCUUAGCGGGAGAAGGUGAAGAAGCAGAUGAAGGCAAGGAAGACAUGCCUUCAACCUUGUUGGGGGCCAUGUCCUCAAAGGGGGACGUGUGGAACAGCUUGUUCCGCUUUGUAGUCCGCUUGCGUUCCAGCAGCGGUGGGUGCGAUGUGCGUUGGGUGCCAAACGCGCGGCAUGUCAGGUACAACGAGAUGUUGAUUGCCCAGAUGAACAAGGAGAAGGAGUCAACAGAGUACAGAUCACGUACAACACGGCUUGCCAAGUGGAAAGAACUGGUCACACAGGCCCAGUUGGACUUGGAGCUCCAGGCUGGCAUCCCUGAGAGGAUUCAGCCAGGGAAUGUGGUCCUCUUCCAGAUGCCGAACUGCUGCACCCAGCAGGGUGUCGAAAUGGGCUUGGUCAUUUCUGUGUGGAGAGGAAUAAAGGCCCCGAAGUUGUUUAGCGGCUCCACAAACGUGAGCAGCUGCGUGGCUUUUCGCGUCGUGGUGCUUGACAUGGAGGAAAAUUCGGAAAAGGAAACCGAAUGGUUUUGCAGCGCUACAUCCAAUGCCCUGGUGGUACGCCUGGAGAGCUUGGUGUCGAUCCUCGAUGUGGAGGAAUGUCAUUGGCCAGAUGAUCCCGAAAAAGACGUCCAAGUGGUUUUGACCAGUGAAAGCGCAGCCAUCCUGAGCAAAAUUCCUGGGAUGAAAAAAUGGCAAGUUCCACCGACAAUGACCAGGGGAUCUAAGGCCGUAGGCGUGAAGAAUGGAUUUGGGGAAAAACUUUUUACCAACAAGCCGAAGAAGAAGACGAAGGCAACAUUCAAGAAAGCCAAAGAGGUGAAGAAAAAGACGAAGAAGGACAAAAAGGACAAGAAGGACAAAAAUAGCAAAGAUCCAGAGCCAUUACUUGGAGAUGAGGAUGAGACGGAAAUCACUGAGGCAACUUUCAAAAGAACUCAGCAAGGUCGAGAUGCCAUCAUGAAACAGAUGAUGGAAUUGUACGAUCUUGACAACAAGGCUUUCCCUCACUCACCAGCCUGGACGGUGCAGGGCGCUUGCAGGAUGAAAUUUCAGGGUGCUGACAAGUUUACUUGGGACCAGAUCAAGGAGAACUCAGGGAAAGCCUUUGAGAGCAUGACAUCAUGGACUUCAUCUCUUGCGCGGCGACCCAGUCAGCAGCUGAUGCUUCGAAGUGAGAUCUUUGUGGAUUAUGGAUGUGUCCACUACGUGUACGGUGAAGCAGUGCCUUGGAAAUUUGUCAUGAGGACUUUGCUCACCGAGGUGACCGGCAAGCACGGAAGCCUGAAGCGCGAUUUCAAGCACCUGCCCAUCGAACUGUUCUUGUCCGACGGCGGCAAGAAGGUGGUGGCAAGGAUGUACUUCGCCAAGAGCAAGCAGUGCUCCAUGCUGAACACCGUUUGCAGCCACAUCUCCAAUUUGUUUGAGGGCGUGACCAAGAAGUUCGAGUACAAGAUGCGCCUGGUCUAUGCGCACUUUCCCAUCAACGUCAACAUCAUCAACGGUGGCAAGACGAUUGAGAUUCGUAACUUCUUGGGUGAGAAGGUGGUGCGAACUGUGCACAUGUUGCCCGGUGCCACGGUGGACAAGAGCAGCUCCACCAAGGACGAGAUUGUGGUGACCAGCGCCGACAUCGAGCUGGCGGGGCGAUCUGCCGCCUUGAUUCACCAGUCAUGCUUGUGCAAGAAGAAGGAUAUCCGAAAGUUCUUGGAUGGUAUCUACGUCAGCUCCCACGGUGUUAUCCAGGACUGA